GGCGAAUGUUUAUUCAUGCGUGGUUAGUUUAGCAACCUUAAAAUAUUUAUUUAUUUAUUUAUUCAUUUAAAUCAUUAACAUGAUCAAAACAGGCGACAGCUUCCACGUUCUUUAAAAAUUAAAAUAGCGGUGAACAAUUUUUUCUUAGUGGGGCUGGUUUUAAAAAACUACAACUCCCACAAUGCACCGGGAGGCACUUCCCGUCCAGCGGUUUGUAAACAAAGUAAGGAGAUGGAGGCCGGGAGGAGAUCUCGCACAGCAACAACAACAACACCGUAACAUGGCAGCUGUUUUAAAAGCUCCUUUACUUUUCCGAGUAGAGGGGAGGAGCGCUGAAGUAGUUUGCCGUUCCAGCAUGAUUUAAAAUAUAUAUUUGUGUCCUUCUUUUUCGUUUUAACAACAACACGAGGUUCUGUCACACUGUCUGUGUGGCGUGUCGGUUUGUCUUCGUCCCCUCUGAACAGACACCUCGACUCCUUCAUCCCCGCCGCUGUGGUUCUUGUAAUUUAAUGGGGAACUGCCUGACAUCUCAAGCCGCGGAUGACCUCUCGUUGCUGAACGAGUCUGACGGGGCGAGCCUGCCCGGGGAACCGCCGCCUCCGCCUCCGCCUUACCAGGAGCAUGUCCCGGUCCUCGUGUAUCACCCGACCCCCAGCCAGACCCGGCUGGCCACGCAGCUGACCGAGGAGGAGCAGGUCCGCAUCGCCCAGCGCAUCGGCCUCAUCCAGCACCUGCCCAGAGGAAUCUUCAACCCCGGCUCCGAGCCCGCCGACAAGAAAGUGAAGGAGUGUGUGAUCUGCAUGCUGGACUUCGAGUUCGGAGACCCCGUGCGGUUCCUGCCCUGUCUGCACAUCUACCACCUGGACUGCAUCGAUGACUGGCUCAUGAGGUCCUUCACCUGCCCCUCCUGCAUGGAGCCCGUGGACGCAGCCCUGCUGUCCUCCUACGAGACUAACUGAGGGGGGAGGCAGGGGGCUUCCCCUCCUCUUUCCUCCCCCGCUCCCUCCCUCCACCGUGAUGCACUUUCUCAAUGCUGCUUCGGAAUCUGUGACAGAAGAGUCCUGCUUCUUUCACUGCACCACUAAACCAACCCUACUAUAAUUAUUAUUAUUAUGAUGAUGAUGGAGGGUGGUUGUCGUUGGAUAUUUUCUCAAUGCUGCUUUGACUUUCACCAACGGCCUGAAAUAAUUUAGAUUCUGAUCUAUUUAUGUUGAUUUCUUGUUUUGUUUUGUUUUAAUGGGUUGCACUACUUAUGAAAAUCGUUUUUUUUUUUUUGUUUUUUUCUAGUCUGAGCGUGAAACUCAGACUGGCCCUGUAACCCAGUCCUAGGGUUCAGAACUUCAGCUCAUUAUUUGAAUGCUCAGGAGCCAGAAGUUUGAUAUUCAAUGUUUUCUGCCUUACAGCUGCAUGAGCAACUCCUAAUAAACAACCUACAGACGCAGGUGAGGCUUAUUCACGCUGUGCUGAGAAGUUCUGUCAGUUCAGAUUGACCAGGAGCCCAUUUGUAACUCCUGGUCAUUUCAACAAGGAGAGCUCUGAACCCCAGGACUGGGUGCAGCAGCAGCAGCAGCAGCAGGGCUAGUGUGAGUUUGUAACCCUGCUCAAACUCCUGACUCCUGAUCAUCUCAAUAUUAAUAAUAAUAGUAGACUUCAGUGAGGGGAGCUCUGAACCCCAGGGCUGGGUGCAGCAGCAGCAGGGCUAGUGUGAGUUUGUAACCCUGUUCAAACUCCUGGCUCCAGAUCAUUUCAAUAUUAAUAAUAAUACUAGACUUCAUUGAGGGGAGCUCUGAACCCCAGGACUGGGUGCAGCAGCAGCAGCAGCAGGGCUAGUGUGAGUUUGUAACCCUGCUCAAACUCCUGGCUCCUGAUCAUUUCAGUAUUAAUAAUAAUAGGCCUCGAAUGAAUGGCUAAUUCUUUGUGUUUGAUGACGCAUCUUGGUAAUUUGCAGCAGUGCAAACGUAUUUUGAUGUGUAACAGGUUAUGAAGAUACCUGUUCAAUGCUUCACAAACGAGACCGAUUUCAAAACACGGCUGUGAGAUCCUCGUUGAUUUACCCGUUCCUCAAAACGAGAUUUACAACGGGGAAUCCCGUUCCUGCACUCGCAGACGAAAAAAAUAAAAACAACAUAAUGCUUUAUUUAUUUAUGGUGUAUUAUUAAAAUCAUUUUCACGUGGGUAAGGAAACAACUUUUUAAACACCUUUUAAUUUAAAAGGAAAAAAAGAAAGUUGCUGUGCUGCAGGCAUGGAAUGAACGAUGUGUUUGGAUCACCAGUGUAUAUAACGAGACGCACACGCAGACGUACACACACACACACAAACACACGUACAGAGACACGCAGAGACAGACAGACACACACAUACAGAGACACACAGAGACAGACACACACACGUACAGACAGACAGACACGCACACACAUAUUCGUGGGUACUGACUGCGUAGAAGAAUGCUCUGAACAGACAGUCUUCUCCACUCAGUAUAAAGGUAGAUUUUAAUUAGAAACAUGUAGACGUGUUUCAUGCCGCUCGUUUCUAUCUAGUCCAGGGCCGGCCCUCCCCGUUCCUGCAGGUUUCCUGGGUCUCUUUAAAUCAUCACUAGCUGCUGGUGUCGCCCGCGUAAGAAAACGCCUGGUUGAGUAAUUGAGAACCCGGGCGUGGCGCGCGUGCCAGAAGACCCCGCGGCUCUCCAGGGCCUCAUCUAACAGCUGAAUUUUCGCUUGCUGGUUUAUUUAUUUUCUUGUUGUUUCCUCAGUCUUGGCUUAAUGUGUGUCUGAAUAAAACAGAACCGUUUCCUCCCAAGUCCUCCCACCCCGCAGUCCGAAUCUGUAAAGCAUCAGAGACCCAACGCUGACGAAGAACGAAAAAGACCCAGCCUGUCCUGACCAGACACGAACUCCUGGAGUCAGAACAGCACAGCACUGCAGGGUUUGUCUUCCACCAAGCAGGUUUAAAGAAACACAACAACGGAGCACCUACACAAACUGGACUUCCAACCAGGUCUGCUUGAAUGCAGUGCCGGAGAAGGAAAACACGGGGGGCUGCUAAAUAAUAAUAACAUGCUGUGUGCUGGCCAUGUUCAAUUGAAUCGGUUUACAGAGAAGGAGAACAUGUUUUAAUGAUACACACGUCUGGCUGCUGCUUCCUGUUUUAAUGCAUUUUAUAAAAAGUCAUCACCACUAGCCCUUCACAGCACUGCAUUGCCUUCUGAAAUUAAAGAGACUGUGGAUUUCUGUAGACCGGAUCUGUGAAAUUGUGAGAAACUGUGUCCCCUCUGUCAAACGCAUUUCAGCAUGGGAACACACGCUUUAUAACUACAGAAAUAAAACCAGUCACAAUGAGA